GUUCAAACCAAGCCAAGCGGCCGAUGCCGUAUCCACCCAACGAACGACGAUCCUCUCCUGGCAAGCCAAACGACUCGUUUGACGUUUGCCCCUAUCUCCUCUCUUCCUUCUUCUCAACUUCCUCUCCACUUGUGUAUAACAGGGGAUAGACAACUACACACACUAGAUAAGGAGCGAGUGCUAUCGCCAAAACUCCCCCUCUUGACAUCUCCUUUACUUUCUCCAUCGCACCCACCGACCCCACCGGGACGAUAACAACAUGCCGGUGCCACCACUCACCCACACCGAGCUCUCCACCGUUAUGGGCUACAUGAGCCUGAGUUGCUGGAUCAUCGUGUACAGUCCUCAAAGUUUGUGUGCUAAGUCCACUCCCUAACACGCGCGCUCACAGAAUGUCUGCGCCAGUCAUCGAAAACUAUGUCCUCAAGUCGGGAGAAGGCCUAUCGGUGGCCUUUAUCGUCAUCUGGCUCCUGGGUGAUCUGACAAACCUCGCGGGAGGUGUUCUGGCAGGAGUGCUCCCAACAAUGAUCCUGAUUGCUGUCUACUACACGGCAUGCGACAUUCUCCUCCUGUUCCAGGUCUACUACUACCGCUGGCGCAAGCGCCAGCGCGAGGUCGCCGAGUCGGAGCACCAGCCGCUGCUCAACAACCCCGAGCCCCCCAAGACGUUCAACCCGGGAAUCCCCAUGUGGAUCUCGUACCCUCUUCUGAUCCUCUUCGUUAUCGUCUCGGGCUUCGCCGCGUACUACAUCAGCCCCAAGGAAGACGACUCUCCCGAGAAGGGCCCCUCUGGCACCGUCGAGUUCGAGUGGCGCUCGCAGGUCCUCGGAUACGCCAGCUGCCUGCUCUACAUUGGCAGCCGUAUCCCCCAGAUCUUCCACAACUUCAAGACGCGCUGUGAGGGCCUUUCGCUCGCCAUGUUCUUUUUCUCCAUUUCCGGCAACGUCACGUAUGUCGCGUCGAUCAUGUUCAAGUCGAUGGACCGCAAGUACCUUAUCACGAACGCUUCGUGGAUCGCCGGUGCCGGUCUCACCAUCUUCCUCGACCUGUUCGUUCUCGGCCAGUUUGCCUACUACGCGUGGCAGGACCGCCAGAAGGACGCCAAGGUGUUCGCCGACGACGUCGAGGAUGUCACGGCCUAAGACUAGCUCGCGUAUAUACCAUCUUUCAGCGCACGACCAUCAAGGACGGACCGACCCCAGUGCAAACCUUGCGGGCGAGUGCGCGAUGUGCGACUCGCCAAAAUCCCAAUCAUUGCUGUACUUUUACAUUAGGAUAGAUGUCCCCAUGCAUUGUUACCCCUCG